GAAGCCGGUCAGCUGGCAAAAAAAGAGGUUAAACAACAACGGAUUAAACAAAAUGCUGCUAAAGCCAAGGAUUAAACUCUGCCAAACUAUUCUGAGACACUGGCGGUGCCUGGGAACAAGUCCUCCAGCGAGUCAGUCCCUCAGGAAGUGGUAUCAACAACUGUGGACCACGGAGCGCACCAACCUGCCGCCUUAUAACCACUUCACCCAGAUUGGAGACCCCAUUCUGAGGCAACAGGCGGCUCUGGUGCCCACGGAACACAUUGAAAGCCCCGAGAUCGAGGCCAUAGUCGAGCAGAUGGUCAAGGUGCUGAGGAAAUUCGACUGCGUGGGCAUUGCGGCGCCCCAGAUUGGAGUUUCCCUCAGGAUCAUUGCCAUGGAGUUCAAGGGACGGAUCCGAAAGGAGCUUCCCGAGGCGGUCUACCAGGCACGCCAAAUGUCCGAGCUGCCACUGACUAUUCUCAUCAAUCCCGUGCUGACGGUGACCAAUCACUCCAAGCUGAAACAUCCCGAGGGCUGCAUGAGUGUGCGGGGCUACUCAGCCGAUGUGGAGCGCUUCGAGGGGGUGAAACUAUCGGGUCUUAACCAACAUGGAAAAGCCAGCGAACUGGCACUGAGUGGCUGGAAUGCCAGGAUAGCCCAGCACGAAAUGGACCACCUGGAGGGGAAGCUGUACACUGACCACAUGGACCGCUCCACCUUUGCCUGCACCUGCUGGGAGGCGGUCAACACAAAGUCCGGACGCGUGGAGAUACCCUUUUACAAGUAGUUAAGGAUUGGCUUUGUGUGUAUGUAUAUACUGAUUGAAUGGAAGUCUAUAUAUCGUUUGGCAACUCUUCA